AAAAUUUCUCGCCUAAAUAUAUUGAUGACAUCAUUUUAUUAAUUUUUUUUUCUUUUGUGUUAAAUCUUUCCAUCUAUUAUGCCCAAAAAUAAUAUAUGGGACUAACAUUAUAAAAUGGAGAGAGUAUUAGAUAUUUACCAAUCUCAAAUUAAGGACUAUUUCCCAUUCCCCCAAAUUAUUGAAACCCUUAUUGCUUUUCUUCUUCCUUAAUUGUGUUGUUUUGUUGCCUCUUUUUUAAUUUUUUAUUCCUCCAUCAUUAUUUUAAUAUUUAAAUUUUUGCUUAUUUUUCUUUAAUGUGUGCAGAUAUUGAUUCUUUUGUUUUAUAAUUUUGAUAUUUAAAGUAAUUGGGCUUGGAUCCUCUUUUCAACCCCCAUUGUCUCAUCAGUCCAAAUCUCCAAUAUCAUGUACAUAUGUUCUUAUUAGCAGCCCACCCAAAGUGCCUCCUUUCUCAAAUCUCACUUUCUCUCCUCCCAUUUUCCAACCCCUAAAAAUUCACUCUUCUUCUUCUUCAAUCAACAAAAGCAGCAAUCAAUUCUGAGUUGAUUUAUUAGUGAAAAAUGGUGAGUAAAAGACAGAAAGAAGCUCGAAAGAAGUUUAAACAAGAAAACCCAGGUUUAUUCCCAACACCUGAACCAACUCCCCCUAAAGACCCCAACAAAAAGAAGAAGAAGAAGAAGAACAAAAAACCCAAAUUUAAGCGCGAUAAAUCUGACCCCAAAACCCUAGAUGAUAAACCCCGUAAAUCUUCUUUUGCUAGAAGACCCUUGAGAGUUCCUGGGUUGAAGCCUGGUGAUUGUUGUUUUAUUUGCAAGGAUUUGCAUCAUAUUGCUAAAAAUUGCCCUGAAAAAGCUCAAUGGGAAAGGAAUAAGAUAUGUUUGUGUUGUCGACAACGCGGUCAUAGUCUGAAGAAUUGCCCUAACAAGAGUGAAGAAGUUGUUGAACAAAAGUUAUGUUACAAUUGUGGUGAAACUGGGCAUUCCUUGUCAAUGUGCCCCCGACCACUGCAGGACGGUGGAACAAAGUUUGCCCUAUGCUUUAUAUGCAAUGAACGUGGACAUUUGAGUAAGAACUGUCCUAAAAAUACACACGGGAUAUAUGUGAAGGGUGGGUGCUGUAAAAUAUGUGGUGGUGUAACUCAUUUAGCUAGAGAUUGCCCAGAUAAAGGAAGUGCUCAAGCUGCUGGAAAUAAAAGAGUAUCUAUACUAGAGCAGUCACAAUCACGAGUUACAAAGCUCUAUGGUGGGGAUGAUCUUGAGGACGACUUCAUGUUGGAGGAAGACAAAAAAGUCAAGAAUGACUUCAAGAACACUGAAGGUGAUCUUGCAUCUGAGGAAAACCAUAAUCAUGCAAAGGUAAAGAAGAAACAAGGGCCAAAAGUGGUGAAUUUUGUAGGUUAUGUCUCUUUCUCUUCCUCUUUCUUGGAAAAUUUUGUUUCGGUGUUGAGCAUUUUUGCAUAUUCGGCCUGUAAGGCUUUCAAUUUAAUUUUAUUAAUAUAUUUUUAUCAAUUUCUCUUCAUUGUCCGCACUUUUCUGCCCCCCCCUCAGAAACUCACCCAUUCAUGGUUGCCCUUUAAUCAAGGAUCUCUCUUCUCUUUCUCUAUCUACAUUCCUCAUUCUCUCUCCCUUUCUCUCUCUUCCCUUUUCAUCUUCAUUUCUCUUAACUCUACCUUUGUUUCUUCCUCUCCAAUUGUGUGUCAAUCAAACUGCAACAAAAUGGCGAACGCUGCGUCUGGUAUGGCUGUGGAUGAUGAAUGUAAGCUCAAGUUUCAUGAGCUAAAAGCAAAGAGAACAUACCGCUUCAUUACCUUUAAGAUUGAAGGCCAACAAGUGGUGGUGGAUAAGUUUGGGAGCCCUGAGGAGAGCUAUGACGAUUUUACUAACUCUUUACCUGCUGAUGAAUGUCGUUAUGCCGUUUUCGACUUCGAUUUCACUACUGAUGAGAACUGCCAGAAGAGCAAGAUUUUCUUCAUUGCCUGGUCUCCAGACACAUCAAGGGUGAGAAUGAAGAUGGUGUAUGCAAGCUCAAAGGACAGGUUCAAGAGAGAACUUGAUGGAAUUCAAGUUGAAUUACAGGCUACAGAUCCAAGUGAGAUGAGCUUCGACAUCAUUAAAUCGCGAGCAUUAUGAGCAACGUAACACUUUUAAUUUGUUUCGAUGAAAAUUACUCACUUAAUCGUCGGUUUUAUGCAGCAAUUCUGCUUUGUUGCUGUUUAUUUGUGAUCAACAUUUGUUGCUUCAAAAGUCCUUUAUUCUUAGGGAAAAAGAAAGGGAUCCAAAAUGGUUUUUGAUUAUUUUUCAGAAUCGAAAUUCUAAGUGUAGUGCAGAGAUGUAACAUUGUGCACUUUUUAAUCAUUUUCAGUACUAUGAUCGGUUGGUUUUUUGUGUGCUA